CACACUGCUCGUAACAUUGCGGGGGAGUUUUCCGCGGAAAAAUGCCAUUAAUUAGCCAGUUUAACGGAUUAUGUGCCGCCUGCCACCAGUAGAGAGCAGAACAUGUCCGCGCCUCGUGGCCACAGCCAACCAAGGAUCCACACGCAUACACAGAAGCGCGAGGAGCAGCACCACCACGUCAGUCGAAGAGGUGGUCGGAGCACGAGGAGUCUGCCCCAGCGCCGCCACUAGCCAUGGAACAGUCCGUGUCCACCAGGUGGCUGCGACGCUACCGCGCCUUCUUUCUUGUCCUGCUACUCAUCGUUGCCAUCCAGCUAUUCCUGGCCUACAAGUCCCUGGACAUUGUCGGCGGCGGUUCUGGAUCGGGACUGGACGCUGGUGAAUCCCCAGCCCAGCCGCCGCCCCCGCAGGCUGCUGCACAGGUACAGCCAGCGGCCAGAACCAAGCUAACCGCCCAGCAACUGGGCUUCCAGCCCGAGUGCGACAUUCUCGCUCGAGAGGCCAUCUCUGCGCUGCAGCGCGCCAAAACGAAAGACUGUCGAGAACAUAUCGCGCAAAUCGCUUGCGCUAUCCAAGCGGGUCGAUUCUAUGCGCCCCAACUCCGGAGCAGCUGUCCCUCGGGCAACCACACGGCAAAUGUAUCGCUGGGCUGCUACAAGGACGAGAAGGACCGCCGCCUGCUCGCUGGAUACUACAGCAGCUCGAAGACCUCAAAUUCACCAGCCAUAUGUGUAGAGCUGUGCCUGCAGAGCGGUUAUCCGUAUGCGGGUGUCCAGUACGGACGGGAGUGCUUCUGCGGCUUCGAUACACCGCCGCGGGCCGCCAAGCUGCCGGACUCUAGCUGCAACACCAAGUGCCUGGGCAACCCCAAGGAGAUUUGCGGCGGCUUCUAUGCCAUGAAUAUCUACGAGACGGGCAUAGCCAAGUUCACUGCCCAACUGGCGGCAACCACAACUCCACCGGCGGGUGUGAAACGCGUGCGGAUCGCAUUUCUGCUGACGCUCAACGGACGAGCGCUGCGUCAGGUGCAUCGUCUGCUGAAGGCGCUCUACGCUCCGGAGCAUGUCUACUACAUACAUGUGGAUGAGCGCCAGGAUUACCUCUACCGAAAGCUGCUAGAGCUGGAAACAAAGUUUCCCAACAUACGACUCGCCCGCAAACGCUUCUCCACGAUCUGGGGCGGAGCCUCGCUCCUCACUAUGCUGCUUCAGUGCAUGAAGGAUCUACUGCAAUCCAACUGGCACUGGGAUUUUGUAAUCAAUCUCAGUGAGAGCGAUUUUCCCGUGAAAACACUCGAUAAAUUGGUGGAUUUCCUGAGCGCUAAUCCAGGAAGGAAUUUUGUUAAAGGCCACGGCCGGGAGACUCAAAAAUUCAUCCAGAAGCAAGGCUUAGACAAAACUUUCGUGGAGUGCGACACGCACAUGUGGAGGAUAGGAGAUCGGAAACUGCCGGCGGGCAUUCAAGUGGAUGGCGGUAGUGAUUGGGUUGCACUGUCACGAGCUUUUGUGACCUAUGUUACCGAUCCCAAAGAGGAGGAUGAGCUUCUACAGGCCCUUCUUAAGCUAUUCAGACACACUCUCCUACCUGCGGAGUCCUUCUUCCAUACAGUGCUCAGGAAUACCCAGCACUGCACGAGUUACGUGGACAACAAUCUUCAUGUGACCAAUUGGAAGCGAAAGCAAGGAUGCAAAUGCCAGUAUAAACACGUUGUGGAUUGGUGUGGCUGUAGCCCGAACGAUUUCAAGCCGGAGGAUUGGGCCAGGCUGCAGGCCACGGAACAAAAAUCAUUGUUCUUCGCCCGCAAGUUCGAGCCGGUGAUAAACCAGGCGGUGUUGCUGCAGCUGGAGGAGUGGCUGUACGGCCCAUACACCAGCGAGUACGCCAAUCUUCACGGCUACUGGCAGUCCCUCUAUCAUCACGAGGAUGUUCAUGGAUCUGGUGAUGAUCUGGCUAGGAGCAUAGGCGACAGCGUUAUGCGAUUAUCUGCACGCCAGGCCAAACUAGAUGCCCUGGAGCUAAUAGAACUCACUCACUACCUUCAUCGCGAUCAGUACAAAGGCUUUGUGGUCCGGUACAGAGCCAGAAAGUUAUCUGGACAACCACUUCAUUUGGAGACACGAGUGCGUCCCGUGCAACAGGGCAAGCUGGCGAGGAAUGCCCGUUUCAGCAAGAGAUUGCGCAACUUUGAGGUCUCCACGGACUUUGAUCAAAAGGAGCAGGUGGCCCGAAACUUUGCGAAGCUCUUGGGUCCCCAAAGUGAGCUCCUCCUGAGCUAUACACUCCAAGCCACAUCGGACACGGGUGCAGCUUCCCACUCAUACAACCUCACACUGCUGUGGAUCGAUCCUUUGGGUCGCCUGCAGGACUUUAAUGAGCUGCAUGUGGAGGACUCUUCCAGCGAUGUGAUCAAUCACUCGAAAACCCUGCUCAAACACCCCCUCACACCCGGCAUCUGGACAGCCAAGUUAAUAGGACGUAGCUCCAUCUAUGCGCAGCUCAAAUUCCUAAUUUCCCCGCUCGCCUACCACAGGGGCUAUCCCCUGGAGAAUUCGUCAGAGGCAGAGCAGCUCAAUGCAGGCCUAACAGUAGCCCUUCCCGAAGAUUUCGAAGUGCCCGUUGAGUGGCAACAGUACCUUCAUACUGACGACGAACAGUUCAUUCUUCGCGAAGAAUCCCUGGCCAAGGGGAAAAUGUUGGGUCAGGAGCUGCACAGUUGGAUUGACGGAUUGGUGGCAAAGUUCUUUCAACUUCGCGAGAGCUGCGUGGUGGAGAGCGAUGUCGCCGAUGUGUCCCUCCCGCUGUGCAGCGACGUUUCGUGGAGCUCCUUGGCUCCCGAUCCCAAAAGCGAUGUAGAUGCUCUGCUUAAAUGAGAGCCAUUGCCAGCCAUUGAUCAAUAUUUGUUAUUAAUUCUCUAGUGUAAAUAUUUGCCAGGAUCUAACCACUUUUUAUAGCUCUUUUUCCUUCUCCUCGAUGUUCGUUUUUCUGUCUUUUAUAGAUUAUUGUGAUAAUUGUGAACUAGUGCAACCAAGCGCCAUCUUGACUGGACGUGGUUUUCCACCGCUCCACAUUUAAUUUGAUUUUUAAUAGUAACAAUAAUUGAGCAUAGCAUUUUGCCGUUUAGCCACGUAAGUUAGAGAUUCGAUCGCCUUGUAAAUACGCAACGCACACUGGACACCAAAUGAACGCAUUGCAGCCAAAUAUCGUGGAGGCAAUCCAGAGUUAGCUGUACAUAAGGUUAGCUAGACGCAAUAUUCCUUAACUAAGUCAUAAGUUAGGGCACACCACCAGAUAGCAAUUGAUUGGAAUAGCUGCAUUUGCAUUCACAGUUUUCUUCGAUUUUUUGAUUCACAUAUCAAGUUAUCCAAAAUAAUAAAUGAGCAAUUCUACGUGUA